CAAGUUUCGCGGCAACCUGUCUCGUUCUCUCUCUAAAAGCGCUUCUCUUUUUCAUAACUUCGAAAACUCUCUUUUAUUCUCUCUCUAGAAAACCCUUCUCUAUAUAAUACAUAAAGCUUGCAUAUUUCUCGCUUCACAGCCCUUUGUUUCACUGUAUGAUUUAUAUCCAGAUAUCAAUUACUCUGAAUCUAUAGAUAGGUCCUCCAUGGCCCCAACAAGGGAAAAAAGUGUGAAUAAGCGGUUUCUGAAUGAGGCAUCACCUGAAAAGGAAGUCGAGAGUUAAGGUGAUUUUUAGCUACUCAAUUGUUCACUUACAGCAGUAAAUCUACUGUUCCUCUCCAGUGCUACCAUGAGUGAGCCCUCACCAUACCCGCAAAUUGAACCAACCACCUUCGACCUGAUUGCUGUGGGCACUGGUUUAGCAGAAUGCAUUGUUGCUGCUGCAGCUUCUGCUUCUGGAAAAACUGUCCUUCAUCUUGACACCAAUCCAUUCUAUGGGUCCCAUUACUCCUCUCUCUCGGUCCACUCUGAUGGAAAAGAAUCAGUUGAUGAGGUUUUUCAAGCUGGUGCAAGGGCACUUGGUUGCCACAGUGGCGGCAGGUUCUCGUGGUAAUGAUGGGAAUGGUAAUGAUGAAGAGGAAGGUAAGACGAAGAUUUCAGAUGAGGAUUUGGAGAGGCCAUUUGUUGAGUACUUGUCAAAAAUGCGGUUGCCUCCAAAGAUUAGAUCGAUUAUUCUGUAUGCUAUAGCUAUGGCAGAUUAUGAUCAAGAUGACAUGGGGGUUUGCCAAAAUUUGCUCAAGACUAAAGAUGGAAUAGAUCGUUUGGCUCUAUACCAGUCAUCAGUUGGGAGGUUUACAAAUGCUUCUGGGGCCCUAAUUUAUCCCAUUUAUGGUCAAGGAGAACUGCCACAAGCCUUUAGCCGACGCUCUGCUGUCAGUGGUUGCAUUUACGUUCUACGAAUGCCAGUGACUGCGUUACUUAUGGAAAAGGAUAGUGGGAGUUACAAAGGUGUUCGAUUGGCUUCUGGCCAGGACAUAUUUAGCCAGAAGCUGGUUCUGGAUCCAUCCUUUACACUUGCCUCACCAUCAGCCUCUCCAUCAGAUCUUCUGCAUGAAAGUUUUAGCUUUUUGAGCACCAGAGAUGUUAAAGGGAAGGUGGCCAGAGGGAUAUGCAUCACACAAAAUUCCUUGAUGCCAGAUGCAUCUAAUCUUCUGGUUAUAUACCCCCCUCGAUCCCUGUACCCUGAACAGAUUACAUCAAUUCGAGCUCUCCAAAUAAGUGGCAACUUGGCUGUUUGUCCUUUGGGCAUGUUUGUGCUCUAUCUUUCAGCUUUGUGUGAUGAUGCCAUACAAGGGAAGAGGUUACUAAAUGCGGCUAUGAAUGCCCUUCUGACUUGUCCUGAUCCUGUAAAUUCUGAAAUCAGUUCCACAGUUCAGAGUGAGACUACUGAAGAGAAACCCACUGUCAUUUGGAGCGGGUUGUAUAUGCAGGAGAUGUCUACGGGUCAAUUUGAUUCUAUCAACUUUGCUCCCAUGCCCGAUGGAAAUCUGAAUUACAAUGAUGUAUUAGAUGCAGCUUUGAAGCUCUUUCAGGAGAUGUAUCCAAAUGAAGAAAAUUUCCCAGAGACAACUCCACCUCAGAAUUCCGAGGGUGAUAUUGGACUCACUCUAGAGACCUAGAUAUAAUGCUGUGCUGGAUCAGUUUGCUAAUUAUGCUGCUGUAUUCAAUCACUUCCCUAUCUCUGCCAGCAAUUACCCGGGCAUUAUGCACCUGGUGCGUUGUAGUUGUGGUGGCAUCGAGUGGUUUAUGAAGCUCUAUGCUUAUUUGUUAAAGCAAUUGAGGGGAAAACAAAUGUGAUGCUACUACACACGUUUCCUGUUUUGAGAACUUCAAAAAUUCAGAGAUGCUUGGUUUUUCAAGCAACUAUUUGUUGUAAAACAUGAAAAAACUCAUCAGAGAGAUCAUUGUUACAUGAAAACCUGAUGAUAGAGUUAAAAUACUUGUUUGUAAACAUGACAAGUGAAUCUGUAUCAGUUGAUAUAUGUUGAUUUCAACAAUUAUUAGUUUGCUCGUUA